UGUUCCCAUUCUUAUUCAUUCGGUGCUCGUAACCUCGAAAGUAUCGUCAUCGUCGACAUCAUCGUCAUCAGUAGCAGCGGCAGCAGCGGCAGCAGCAUCGUCAGCAGCAGCAACAUUGAAUAAAAAUCGAGAGUCACACGUGCGGGGUGAAGUUGAAGUGUCGAGUUGAAAAGUUGCUGUCGGUGACGAUAACUCUUUGAAGUGACCCUGAAGUAACCUUGAGACACACAAGUGUGCCGACCAAGGAAAGGACCGAUAAGCGAAACGCUGGUAAAGUGGCCGGAAGGAAAAUAUUAAAGAAGAGACGGAGUGACUCUUGUUAAAAAAAUAAAUAAAUAAAUAAAUAACCGGAUACUCGCCUCGACUCCGCUAUGUCAUCCACGUCCUCGACGACCGCCGGUGGCCCAGGUCGUCAAGGAUCAACGCGACGCAAUCGUUACUCACGUUCGUCGACGACUAGCGUCACUCAGCUGCUCAGCGAUUCCUGCUCAAGUUUACUCCAGCGUUUGACAACCCGCGUCCGAGGUCCCUCGAACACCUUAUCGUCGAGCAACGUCGACCGCAAAUCGUCCUCUUCGUCGUCGGUUUUGGGCAGCACGCGUACCCGCCUUGAGGACAAGUACUCGUCGGUACUUGAGCGUUACGGUUCGAGAAAGCGGGACGACAGCUACUCCCAUCGAUUGGAUCGCGACCACAGUUACUACCGUCGCGACGGCAGUUACCGACGGGACGACAAAACGCUCGAACCGUCCUCGCCGACCCCCGUAACACCGAGCUGCGUAGCUCGCAGCGUACUUCUGGCUGAGAAAGCAUAUCCCUACGUAGCGUCCACCCCCCUAUCCGUAAAUCGCGAAAAGACGCCGGGCUUUCACCGGUCGGCAACCGAUCGACGGUCGUCUCUUCUCUCCUCCGAGUCAUUCAGGCGUUACGGCAGGCACAAAAGCGGUCACGCCGACUCGCGUCCCUCGUCACGCAAGGCUCGACCUCAUCGGACGGGUCGCAGCGACUCGUGCAAGGCGACCGCUACGACCGCCGCUCAUCGGCCGCAGCUCAGACCCGUGGAAAUCGAUCCGAGAUCCAUCGAGCGUAGGGAGAUUUUUGAGAACGUCGAUCCCGACCGUACGCCGACCGCUUUUAUCGACGAGGCUGCAACGGCGGCUGCCGAUCAGGCAGUUUCCGAACGCGAGGCCAAACGCAAGGAAAUUCAAAGCUUGAUCAUGAAGUAUGCCGCUCUUGACGAUGUUCCUGUUAACAAUAACGCCGCCGCGGUGGAAGACGCCGCUUCUUUUGUUCACAAUAAUGAUAAUAAAGAACAAACGAAAUUGCUAUCGCCACGACAGCAACAGCAGCAACAUCAGCAGAAACAGAUUAGCACCGCCGAUUUAAUCGCUUCGAAAUAUCAUCGGGGGGCCGCGUUUACGGGCGCCGAUUUACUCGCGACGACUAGCCCUCGACCGCCCUCCGUCGAGGAUGACGAAGAUGGCCAUCUUGUUUACCGAUCCGGCGACAUCCUGGCAAAUAGAUAUAAAGUACUGGCCACCCUGGGCGAGGGUACCUUUGGAAAAGUUGUCAAGGUUAAAGAUAUGCAGAUGGAUCACGUGAUGGCCUUGAAGAUAAUUAAAAACGUCGAGAAGUACAGGGAAGCUGCUAAACUCGAGAUAAAUGCUUUGGAGAAAAUUGCUCUCAAGGAUCCAGAGUGUCAACACUUAUGUGUGAAAAUGCUGGAUUGGUUCGAUUACCAUGGUCACAUGUGCAUCGCCUUCGAAAUGCUCGGUUUGAGUGUGUUCGAUUUCUUGAGAGACAACAACUAUCAACCUUAUCCUUUGGAUCAUGUUAGACACAUGGGAUACCAGUUGUGCUAUGCUGUGAAAUUUCUUCACGACACAAAACUCACUCACACUGACCUCAAGCCAGAAAAUAUACUCUUUGUUGAUUCUGAUUACGACAUAGCUUACAACAACAAAAAGAGGAUAGAUGUGAGGCGGGUCAAAAGGACAGAUAUUAGACUAAUCGAUUUUGGAAGCGCCACUUUUGACCACGAACAUCAUAGCACAAUCGUUAGCACAAGGCAUUACAGAGCUCCCGAAGUGAUUUUAGAAUUAGGAUGGGCACAGCCUUGUGACGUCUGGUCAAUCGGCUGUAUAUUGUUCGAGUUAUACCUCGGCAUCACCUUGUUCCAAACGCAUGACAACAGGGAACACCUCGCAAUGAUGGAGAGGAUACUCGGAACAAUUCCACAUCGUAUGGCCCGUAAAACUAAAACUAAAUAUUUUUAUCACGGUAAAUUGGACUGGGAUGAAAAGAGUUCAGGAGGCAGAUAUGUCAGGGAUAACUGCAAACCCUUGCACCGUUAUUUACUCUCGGAAGACAAAGAUCACGUACUGCUGUUCAAUUUGAUCGAAAAAAUGCUCGAGUACGAACCUACGCAGCGUAUAACACUGAAGGAUGCUCUGAGUCAUCCAUUCUUCGACGCGUUACCUGCAUCUCAACGGCUCCCGGACGUCAGAGCUACCGGUGAUAACUCCGUUCCAACGCACGAGCGAUCUCACUCGUUGUCGCGAUGAAGGUAGUGAUGGGACCAAUCACCGAAGCUAAAUGGACACUUUUUCCCGCCAAUGAUGAUCUACAAUCCCGAAGAUAAUAUAUUACUGAUUAAUAGCUUGAGAAAUUUUUUCGGGUAUGGAGCCAAAUUUAUUUUCAUUGUGAUUUUUCUAACGAUGGAACAUCCGUUAUAACUUUACCGGGAAGUGUGAUGAAUAUCAAAAUGUUAUUGAUAAUCAGAGCAUUGUGUAGAAAAUUAUUUCUCUUCUCUUCGUCCUUUCUUCGUCGCUGUUGUUUUCGUUGAUAAUGUUUACCUUACGAUCACUUGGGGAAACAUGAAAAAAAAAGAAAAAAAAAAACGAAAAAUAGGAAAUAGAACAGCGAUGAUAAGGGUCUUGGUGCUGGCACGUAAGAUCUGGUGUUUACGUUUAGUCGAAAGUAACAGUGUCCCGAAAUUAAUGUAAAUGUUAUUUUAAAACAACUCGUGAAUCAUCUUCUGUAAAUUUUAAAUAUUUUUAAUUUUAUUAAUGAUAAUAAUAAUAACGGUAAUGUGGUGUUCUAUUAAAGCCAGCAAACGUUUCAAGCAAACAUAAUGAAUUGGCGAUACUUUAUUGUUGAAUUAAUGACGAUAGCGAUUCAUCACGACGAUUAAGGUAAUCAUAAAAUCUGUAAGAUUCUGAGAGUAGGGCUACGUAUAAAAUGAUCGUGAUGCGAGGAUCCGAAUAUAAUGUACAAGUGAAAAGAAGGGGAGAACCAAAUGAAAUUAGCUUAAAAGAACGGAAUAAAAGUUGUAUCAAAUUGAAUGAAAUUUCUGUUUCCUUGAAAUUCUACCGAUUAGGGAUUUUUACCAGGAGACGUUGUAGCGGUUGUAGCGUAACGACCGACAGAGAUGGCAGGUUGUGAUAGUACCUGCCGUUUCGUUUAACAAAACGAAAAUACAAUUUACAUUGUGGUAAGGUUAUGUGUACAUAUAUAUUACAUGAAUAUAUAUGGAUAUAUAUGUAUAUAUAUAUACACACAUGCAUAUAGGUAUAUAUUAUAUACGUGCUUAAGGCAAAUAGAGUAACAAAAAAUUAGUGAAAUGAUAGCUAAGCGAUCAUUUUUUUUCCCCAUCAUUACGUUUCUUUUUUUAAUUUAUGAAAAGAACUGAGUUCGCUAUCACGAUUACGUAUACAUGUAAAUGAUUCUUUGUCAUUUCACAAACUUCUGCUGACAAAUUUUUUUGUCUGGUGCGUUCAAUCAAUUUUUCAAUCAUUCAAGCUCCAUUUAAGUUGAGAAGCACCAAACAAAUGAAUGGACUUUCGAUUAAUACAUUGAGAAUAUGUAAACAUUUAUAAUCACUUGAAAAAAUUUUGCGAAACAGGUUCUCUUUUCGCUUUUUGUAUUUUUUUUUUUUUUCUUCUAUCUCUUCAUCGAUAACCUGAUUCUCACGAAGCAAAUUGCAUGGAAGUUGAAGAAGUUAGCAAGAAUUUGCUUAUUAAAUUGUCUAAGAUUGACUUGCAUAUUAUUCAUUAUUUGUAUUUUUUUUUUUUUUUCUUUGAUCAAUAAACGACUGAAUGAAUUCUGCGUUUUAGUUCCAAUAAUGCGUAGACGAUAUUGUAAAAAAAACAAACAUAAAACAAACUUGUAUGUACAUGGUGCACACAUUGUCUUUGUUUAUAUACUCUAAUUUCUUGUGUAAAUGUAAAUAAUAUAACAUCAUAUAAAAUUGUGCCCGAUUUAAAUCAUGCAAUUUGAACAUAAUAAUAGUAAGAAAAAAAAUACCGUUAGCUUCGUUUUGCUACGUUGGAAUUUAAGUUUACUGAAAUAUAUUUUCAAUCUAAAUUAUAAUUUCUAUCUGAUUCAUAGAAUCAAAGAUACUUUAAUAAAGUUUACAGUUUUAACCGACGAGGCUCACUUCCAAUUUCAUUUAUUAAUCGUGGUUGGAUAGAAAAUGAACGUAUCUUUGUUUUUCUUUAAUUUUCUUCACGGUCAUCCCCGAUAUUCGUCGUUUUAAAAAUGACGAUGGCCAUAAAUGAAUUAUAAAACUAGUUUUUAAACAGUAAUCGUUACUUUAUUUUAUUUUAUCUGUACAACUACAAAAGAAAAGCGGUUGUGUAACAUAAGAAAGUUGAGAAAGAAAAUAUAUUGAUUAAAAACACAGUCUAAUUUACAAGAGUCGAUGAAUUCUUUUCUCCACAUAACAUCGGGAGCUUAUUAUUAUAAGAUAUUAUAAUUAACGUUCUCUGAUUUAUCCAUAAUUUCAUCUUACAGAAAACUAAUUUAAUUUCCAUUAUAAAUAAAAUAUACCAGUUACAAUCGCCUUAAUUACAUUUUAACAGUAUACACGUGAACAUUAUAUACACCUAUAAAAAUGGG